GUUUGUUAUUUUCAUUAUCAGAGCGUUGGGAAAGGGGGAAAGUAUUAUGAAUAGUAAAAUGAGUUCAGACAUUGAUAUGAGUUUGGAAGACAUCAUUAAAAAGAAACGAGUAAUGAGGUCCGCGAAGCCCCAAAGUAACAAAGGAAAGUUACAGCCACCGAAAAAGCAAUUACCUGUUACUGAUGCACGACUCAAAAUCAUUUCCAAAAAGCGCAUUCAAAUAACCGAUGCCCGUGAAAAGUUAUCAGAACUUGCCAAACAGAAAGAUGCCCGCCUGAAAAUAGAACAAAUGAGAUUAAAAAGACUUGAUGCUCAGGGAAAACCCCGAAACAUGAAGUUACAAUCACGCAAUAAAUUUGUGAGGACAAUACAGAAUAAAGAAAGGGUGUUUAUUGACCCAUCUCGACAAGUUGUUUCUCAGCCCCAUACGAAUUCAAGACAUUUUCCUAGGCAAAUCAACUCUAAUAGAUUUUUAGCUAGCAACAUGAAAUACAAGCAAUCAAAACAUUCAGAUGGUAUUUCAAGGCCGAAACCCAUCGUCAGGACAGUUGAAAAUGAUGUUCAAAUUAUUGAUGAUCCAAUGGAGGAAGAUUUUAUUCAUUCAAGAACAUUGUUAAAUCGGAAAGCUAGCCUUCAACUCAAAAUAGUUGCACACAAUAAUGAUAUAUGGGAUAACAGGAGUGUUUCAACCCAAAGAACCACCGUUGUGGCAAAAGAAAAGAGUCCACCAAGACCACCUUCUAUUCUUAAAAAACGACCAAUGGCAGCUCUGAGAAGUGAAAAACAAGUCGAAAAGUCUGAUAAACCUGUAUUGGAGUAUAGAAUUAUAGUUAGUAAUUUACGUAAUACCGUCACUGCUGGUGACAUCGAGGAGUUAUUUGGAGACGUAGGGGGAAUGGUGGAAUCUCGGUUAGUCCGACCUGGAACGGCAGAAGUUAUUUACAAAACGCAAGACGACGCCCAAAGAGCUGUAGAUCUCUAUCACAAUCGGCAGUUAGAUGGACAACCAAUGAACUGUCUCCUUGUUACUCCACGCUCAAAUGCUGUUAUUUCGAGAAAUAACACCAAGCCUGCAUUAUAUAGCACUAAUUCCAAUGUGGAACCUGACAUAUCGACUUUCCAUAAAGUACUAUUUAGCAACCUGUAAAGUUGAAAAUUUACCACACGUCUAAAUAUAAUGUAAGUAAUAAUAAGAAAACUUUAACUUUUUGAUUGUCAAUGUAAUGAAUCUAGAGUAAGUUAUUAGCCAAGA